CCUAAUUUCGUGUGUAUGUGUGCACAGAUCGGAGUGUUGCACACCUGAAUUAGUUCAAUUUUUUUUUGAAGUUUCAUCAUUGUCAUUUCUCCUAUUAUAUAUUUCGCUUGUUUCUAUUAUGAAAAAAAAAGACAAAUUACCCGUUGUUUCACCUUAUUCAUUCAAACUAUGUCUUUCUUUCUCCUUCCACCCUUCUCUCUAUGCAUGUGAAUUUAUCUGUCCUCUAUGGCUAAUGGUGAUGACGAUGAUAAUGUCGUCUUUGCACAUACGCACAAUGGUCUCCAUCAUCCGUAUAUGUAUUUAUAUUCAAUGUUUAUGCACUUCCCAAUUGGAUUACAAUUAUACUCACUCAUUCUAAUUAUUUGGUAUUGAAACGCUGUUAUUAUUGGCAUGCAUAAUAAUAAAAAUCGAAUGACGGAAUUUCUAUUCACAAUUCAACUGAUACAAUGUUCGGUGUUCUACACGGUGUUGCACAAAUUCUAUCCAUAUAUGUCCAAUCUUCGGUGUGUAAAAACUUUGUCUGUCAAUUUGGUGUAUGUAUGCAAUAUGUGUGUAUCGGUGUAUAUAUAUAUAUAUAUGUGCAUUUUGUGUGAACAAUCCUCUUCACUGUUGUUAUGCUCCAUAUUUUAUGGCAUAUCUAUCUAUCCAUCCAUGUGUUUAUCCAGUUCGUCAGUACACUCAAUUAUGCUUGCAUAAUAAUAAUCGUUAUAGUUGUGUUGUCGAUGAAUUGGAAACUGAUGAAUCCUUUCCAAUUCUACCAAGUCAGACUGGUUGGUGUAAAGUGUAUAAACUACGUCCAUUAUUAGCUAAUAAUCGGCAUAAACGUGGUUUAGCUCUGGAUGGUAAAUUAAAACAUGAAGAUACUAAUUUAGCUUCAUCAACAAUUUUAUGCAAUCCAAAUCAUAAAGAAAAUCUUGGUAUGACUGUGCAAUAUCGUGUAAAAGUUCGACUGGUUCUUGGAUUUGUUUCGAGUGAUGUCAGCGUUGAACUACCGUUUACACUAACUCAUCCAAAACCUGAUCCAGAAACUGAUUCAGGUCUGUCUAAAAUUACUGAUGUCGAUGAAAAUGUAACGCUUACCUCGCCAUCAUUAUCAUCUGAAUCAAAUAAUCCAUCGAAGAGUGGGACAAAUGAAAUGAAGCAGUCUCAUCUACAGUCAAGUAAACAAGCUACAUCUAGUCAAAAUGUAAAUAUUAUUGAUGAUUUAAUUAAAUUAGACGAUGGAACAAAUGAAAAAUCACGUUAUCAGACAAAUGGAAAAGGUCAUACAAUCGGUGAUGAAGAUGAUGAUGAUUUAAUCUUUGAAGAUUUUGCACGUUUACGUUUGAAAACCUAUGAAGCAGAUAAACCAAGUGACCAAUUGGAUCCAUCGACUGCGGCGGGAGUGACUAUGAAUCCUGAUUCAUAAUAUAUACAUAAGUAUACAGAUAUAUACAUAUUAUAUUGUAUUUUAUGCAUUGAUCUCAGUUUUCGUUUGUUUGUUUUCAUUAUUUUUUUGAUUUCCUUCCAGUUUUGCAUACUUAGUCACUCAUAUUCUUAAUAAUAAUAAUAACAACAACAAUAAUCGCUAUUACUAUUAUUGUUGCUCCAUAAGGAACGGCUUUAUUUCAUACUUUCAAACAAUGUGACAAUUGAAUCUAUUGCCACUUAUUGCCUAUAUACAUAUAUAUGCAUAUACAUAUAUAGCAUCUGACUAUAUCCUUACUCUUGUAAUAAUUAACAGUACACAUUUUGCACAGACUCACCCCUUGACUGACUAAUUAACUAUCUGACUAAAUGAUUCACUCAAACUUGACUCUGCAUGUGUGUGUGUGUGUGUGGAUGUGUAGGGUGUUUUUUUUGGGGGGUGGGGGAGCAGGAGGUGGGCUGAGGGAUAUGUUGGUUGUUUCCACCGAGUUCUUAUCAUGACUGUUGUUCACUGUUAUCUGACUCACACAUACACACACACACACUGGAUCUAUCUGUAAUUAACCUUUAUCAUCUCUCUCGCCAUAUAAUUUCUUGAAUAUAAUUUUCCUAAGUUUUUCUAUGAAUUAAGACUACUGUUUUGUUGCUUGCUUGCUUGCUUGGUUGACUGGCUGGCUGGUUGGUUGGUUUUUCGGCAUGAUUAUGCUUAUUGAAUUAUUCCAAAUUUUUCGAUAUUUGUAAUACUACUACUUCUACUCUUAUUGACGUGUUGAGUAGACUGUAUGAGUGUAUUUUCGUUACCUUUCCAUUGCAUAAACUACUAUUAAUAUUGUUAUUAUUAUUACUAGUAGUAGUAUUUCUAUACCCUUUAUUUCUGCUUGAUUAAUUUCUAUGCUUCACCAGUGUUGAUUGACUACCCUUCAGUUGUUGGUGUCAUUAUUAUGAUAUAAUGAUUUCCCUGGUUCUCGCUUUAUUUUUGAGCAAAAGCAUGAUCACAUCAGUGUUAGGGUGUUCUCUUCUCCUGAUGUGUUGCCGUUGUUGUUGUUGUCGUCUACGUCGUCAUGGUUACUGUUUACUGAUGAUGGAGGAUACGCACACGCACACACACAUAAUAAAUAGUGUUUUUUCUUUUUGUAAACAAAAACUCUUUUUCAUAUUUUUUAUGCUUUCUUUAGACAAUUUCUAAUCUGGAAUAUUGCUCGCCUUUAUUUGUUUUGUUUUUUCUUUCAUCUCACUGGUCCCUAAAGCAAAUUAUAAUAAUGAUAAUAAUAAUAAUUUGUUAUGUUUUUUUCUUUAUUUUUGCUUUAAUUUGUUUGAUUCAAUUAUUGAUAAUUUAUUUUUAUUUUAUUUUACCUGGUUUCAUAUAUUUUCUUUAGUGAGUUGAGUUGAUUAUCAUCAUGAGUGUUAUUCUUGUGGUUUUUUGAGUAACUUUAUAAUAUACAUAUGCAUAUAUAUGAUAUUUUAAAUCAAUCACUAAAGUAUACAGUUAAUCGUGUUGAGUUUUACUCAUUGGCCAUUAUUAUUAAUAUUGUUCUCUUAGGUUCCUAAAUUGUGCUAUUUUUUGCAGUCCUUCUGUAGCUGCUCCACUGACUGUCCAUAGUUUCUCAUCUCGUCCUCCUCAGAUGUUCUCCUCUAUGUCACUGUCAGGCAGACGCUCAACUUCUCGUUUUCGAUUCACUUUCCUCGUUGAGUGUAUUGUCACCCAACAGUUUUCUCAGUGUAUGUCUGAUUUUAAAAAGAUAAACUGUCUGAUUUCGUCUCAUCUAUGCACAUUUAUCGAUCUGACAGCUCCUGUGGAGUGAACCAUUUACAUAGGCGUGUUUCCGAACACCAUUCUGCACAGUGGUUAAGUAAAGGAGAAACAAAAUCCAUUCAUAGUUGUAUGCUGUCUCAUCUCGUAGAAGAUACGGAACACAAAACUGAUGUAAAGAAGUCCUUAAACGUCACCUGCUGUAUACCAAGUGAGCUUAGUUUUACCUUAAGAGUUCGGCUAUUAUAUGUUGCUGUGGGUGGUGGCUGUUGGGAUCCACAUUAAGGAACCUAGCUUAUGUAUCCAAAAGAAGCUGGUUCAGACACCGUCUUUACCCCGCUGUUCAAAAAUGUUUUAAUGAUCAAUAAUUUGUUGUGGAAAUUUCCUUCAUUUUAUUUGAUAAUCUAUUGACUAUUACAUUUUUAUGCUUAUUAUAACUCAAGCGUCUUUCUCCAACUGUGGUAAUUCCACAGUGAUCUUACUUUAAAAAUGAUAUUAUUUGAAAAGCACU